AUGGACACGAGUUACCUGUCUCAACAGGUCAAUACCAUCAUCGGCCAAUUGCACGGCUUGUUCGAUGAGAUUGGCGUUCCCACCCAUGAUCGCGAAAAGCGCGAGGAAGACCUCUUCGAGGCGCUUUCCAAGGCCCUGACCGAUCAGGUGCACCUAGUCACGAACGAAAAGGAGGAAAUGAUUGAGGAAGCCGAGCGCAUAAUCACCACAAUACAGCAGAUGGAGGCAUCGCUCGACGACAACCGCGCACGCCGAGACAGCAACGAUGAUAUCCAGAUUACCUACCCCCUGACCAGAUGUUUGCAGGGACUCAAGGAGAAGCACAAGCAAGUCAGUCGAUUGCACAGGGAGCGUUUCGCACAGGUCAAGAAACUUGUCGAAGCCCUCGAAUCAUACUCGUCACAUCUUGAACCUACCUUUGUCAAGAUUCCUCUGCCGCCGACGGGCCCGAACCAGUCCAUCCCUCCCAACUUCGACCUAUCACCAUCGUACGUGGACAAGCUCGAUCAUGAGUUUACGAGAGUCUAUGAAGAGUACACGCGCCGCGUCGCGACGGUUAAGGCCCUUUGCGAGCACACGAUCCAACUCUGGGCUGAGCUGGGAACUCCCCAGGCUCAAACCGACGGUGCCAUCGUCAAGUACUACCGCGAGUCACCCGAACAGCUGGGCCUGCACGAGGAAGAUAUUGAGCGUCUCAAGGCAAAGCGCGACAAGCUCUCGGACGAGAAGAAGAACCGCGAGAAGCAUCUCAAGGACCUGCGCGCCGCGGUUGAGGCCCUCUGGGAGAAGUUGGAGGUGGACAUUGGAGAGAGGAAGGCCUUCCUCAACAGCAACCGAGGCUGUGGUGUGCGACAAAUCAACGAGUUCGAGGAUGAGCUCGCGCGCCUCAACGAGCUGAAGAGGCAGAACCUGCACUUGUUCGUCGAGGAUGCGCGGUUCAAGCUACAGGAACUCUGGGACUCGCUCUAUCUUUCCGAGGACGAGAUGCUCGAGUUCACACCCGCCUUUUCCGACGUAUACAGCGAUGCUCUACUCGAAGCUCACGAGCGUGAGAUUGCACGACUAGAGGUUCUCAAAGAACAGCGCCUCCCUACUCUCGAGCUGGUCGAAAGACAUCGAAGCCUUACCAGUGAGCGCGACGAGCUCGCGGCAUCGAGUCAGGAUGCUUCUCGCCUGAUGAUGCGCGGGCAGAAGGGCGAGAAGCGCGAUCCCGGCAAGCUUCUCAGAGAGGAGAAGAUGCGGAAGCGCAUCGCCAAGGAGUUGCCCAAGAUUGCUGUCGACUUGCGCAGAAUUCUCGAGAGAUUCGAGGACGAGUACGGACGGCCUUUCACAGUCCAUGGGGAACGUUACUUGGACGUACUCGAGGCAGAAGACCGACCUGUACCCGGUCCGCGAUCCAAGACACCAGGCGUUGGGGCUGCUCCUCAAUCGGCGGCCAGACCAAGAGGGCACAGCAGAGCGCAGAGCACCACCUCUAUCGCUAGACCCCCAACUCGCAAUGGGGUAAGAACACCAGCACCUGCGCCCACCACCAAACGCAGUGCGAACAAUAUGAACAGUGCCGCUCCCACAACUAGACCUGUUUCUGCUCACGCAAAAGCACAAGAAAUUGCCAGACCAGCAUCUUCUAUGGGCAGCUUGAGAGAGCGUGCACAAACUCUCAACAGGCCACCGGGUAGUCCAUCGAGGAUCCCAGCACGGCCCCCGUUGACCAACCUCAAGUACGGCAACUUUGGCAACACCUCACCAGUACAACAGGAGAGGCCAGCGUCGAGGAUUGACGCCUACGCGACGAUCCGCGGUGGAAACCACCAGAUGCGUGCCCCUCCACCCAAGAUGCGAGAUCUCAACACGAUCGAGCUGGAGACCCCAGUCAACCCAUACAAGGCAGUCGGGUUGGGCGCGAGUAUCGUGCGUCAAGUCGAGCUUGAGGACCCAUAUGACGAGGAUUGCCAGCACCCGAAGCUGAUGAGGAACAACUCGACACUCUCUCACACCUCGCAUGCUUCUCACGCUUCACAUAAUUCGCAUGCGUCGUACGCCUCCCAGAGCUCUCAUCACUCUCAGGGGUCUUCACAGCACGACUACCCAUCCUCACACUCCUCAACCAUUCGCCAGUACCCCCCUUCUGCAUACCAACAAGCGCCACCACCCCGCCAGAUCUCCAACUCGUCCAACGGGUCGAGUAAUGUGACAGGCUCAGAAAACUGGGAGACAUACGACGAUGCCAGCGAACCUGAGCAGGAUGCCAGCGACACAUACUACGCCAAAGUGCGAGCCGCCCGCAACGGCAACAAGCGCUUCGAGCCCGAAGCUGGUUAUCGGCCACCGGCCAGCGAUCCUAAGAGGCAGCGACCUUUCCCGAUGACGGCACCUGGUGGACAUGCUGUGCAUGGCUAUAGUGACGGCGAGGGCAACCGCAUCAUCUCGGGCAGCGAGUGGACAGAUGAGGAUGGAUACUGA